GGAACCCGCCCUUUCGAUUGGGCGGCGACUGCGCUCGGCCGGUACCCGGCGAGGAGCGGGCGGUCGGAUGGUAAAUGACCAGAAAUGAAGUUAUUCAGGCAGUGGCUCUGUAGCUGUGAAUUUAAUGACACAGAAUGAGGCAGGUUAAAUUUGAAGUCAUCUGGAUUGUGUUUGCAUUGCCUUAUUGUUGUUUAGUGCAAGCUGCAGAACAUGUAGAUGUGGCCAAACAUGUGAUCAAAUUGCACAGAGGGAGAGGGGCCGCAAUCACAAAAGGGAAAUUAUGGAUUAUGGACAAUUGUAAGAGGCUGUCUGGAAUGCUUCACCAGAAGAAUGUAGUGCUCAACAAACUGAAGAAAGCAAUUGAAACAGUAGAAAAGGACUCCAGACUGUCAGUGGAAGAAAAGAUCUUCCAGAUUCACACCUUUGAGACUUUCCAGAAAGAGUUGAAUGAAAGUGAGAAAUCAGUGUUCCAGGCUGUCCAUGGACUUGAGAGGGUUCUCCAGGGGGACUACAAAGAUAUAGUAAACAUGAAAGAAAGCAGCAAACAACGUCUUGAAGCCUUAAGAGAAGCUGCUAUAAAGGAAGAAAAAGAGUAUGUAGAGUUAUUGGCUGCAGAGAAACACCAAGCUGAGGUGCUCAAAAAUGUACAGCAUGCAAAUAAAAGUUUGUCAAUCCUUGACGAAAUUCUUGAGGAUGUGCGGAAGGCUGCUGACCGUUUGGAGGAGGCAAUUGAGGAUCACGUCUUUGACAACAACAAACGGAUUCAUGGUGGAAAUGUUGAAGCUGUCAUCAGAGUUGAAGAGGAUGAGGAAGACCAUAAACAAAACAUUUCCAUGCAUGAGGUGCAGGAUGGUUUGGGGCUGAGCAUGCUCAUUGACUCACAGAACAACCAGUAUAUACUGACCAAACCAAGGGACUCAACCAUCCCCAGAGCUGAUAUUCAUUUUAUAAAGGAUAUAAUCUCCAUUGUGGUAUUAUCUCUGCCAUGUGGCUGGAUUUGUACCCUGAUGGGACUUCCCACAAUGUUUGGUUAUAUCAUUUGUGGAGUGCUGUUGGGUCCUUCAGGACUAAACCAUAUCAAGUCUAUUGUGCAAGUGGAGACUCUUGGUGAAUUUGGAGUGUUCUUCACUUUGUUUUUCGUUGGUCUUGAGUUUUCACCUGACAGGCUAAGAAAGGUCUGGAAGAUUUCCUUGCAAGGUACCAGUUACAUGACAAUCUUGAUGGUCGCAUUUGGAUUACUCUGGGGACAUCUGUUGAGAAUUAGGCCAACACAAAGUAUAUUUAUUUCCACAUGUUUGUCUCUAUCAAGUACGCCAUUGGUGUCCAGAUUCCUUGCUCUUGGUGCCAAAGGAGAGAAAGAAGGAGAUGCGGAUUAUAGCAGCGUGUUGCUUGGAAUGCUGGUGAUGCAGGAUGUUCAGCUGAGUUUAUUCAUUGCUGUGAUGCCCAUGCUAAUUCAAGCAGGCAGUAGCACUGCUAACAGUAUAAUUUUAGAACUGCUGAGGAUUUUCGCUCUUAUUGGUCAAAUUCUGUUUUCGCUGGCUGCAAUUCUUCUGAUGGCUCUUGUGAUAAAGACUUACCUCAUUGGACCGUUUUACAGAAAACUACACACUGAGGGUAAAGGAAAUAGAGAGAUACUUGUCCUAGGAAUAUCUGCAUUUAUCUUUCUUAUGUUAAUGGUAACUGAAAUGCUGGAUGUCUCCAUGGAACUGGGUUGUUUCUUGGCUGGGGCAUUAAUUUCAUCACAAGGUCACAUGGCUGCAGAGGAAGUGAUGUUGUGUAUGGAACCUAUACGGGAUUUUCUGGCCAUCAUUUUCUUUGCAUCAGUUGGUCUUCAUGUGUUCCCAACAUUUGUGCUUUAUGAACUGACUGUCCUAAUGUGCCUUACACUGGCUGUGGUGGUAUCCAAGUUUAUCUUAGCAGUUCUUGUCCUCUCUCUAAUUCUCCCAAGAAACAGCAGGUACAUCAGAUGGAUAGUUUCUGCUGGCUUGGCACAAGUCAGUGAGUUUUCCUUUGUUCUGAGUAGUCGGGCCCGUAAGUCGGGGAUUGUCUCUCGAGAGGUGUACCUUCUCAUUCUCAGUGUCACUACCUUAAGCCUUUUACUUGCCCCAGCAUUAUGGAGAGGAGCAAUUCUGAAAUGUGCACCUAAACCAGACAGGCGAUUAACUACAUGAUGGAAGAUGGAUAGUAUGAUCCAGUCAUCUCAUUUGUUAAACGUUGGAGGUCACUGUCACCUGCUGUCUUUUCCUUAAGAGACAUUAUUACAGAAAGCCAUACCAAUAGAAAUAGGGCAGUCUGUUUUUCCUAGCUUGACCUUUAUUUCCCAUGCCUUUAGGUGACAACUGGAAAAGUAGUGGUCACUUUGAAUCCAUUACUAGAAUGCUUUGUACAUGUUGCUUCAUAUGUCUGAUAUUCAAAUGAAGAAAUGGGCUUUGGAGCAAAAUGACACUGAAAUGUGCUGAACUUUAUAGUACUUUGUGGAUUACCAAUUAAGGGAAGAAAUAAGAUGUAUUUUUGAUAAGUCUGUAUUGAUUUUUAGGUGCUGGUAAUGUUUUCAUUGGGAGGUGGCAGAGCUGUGUUCAUCAGAUCAGUUGUACAUUCCAGAUUGGCUUGUAUCCAUGUUCCAGAGGCUUUAUUGAACUUGAACUUAAAGUUGUCAACUGUAUCAUGAGUAAUCUCUACCUAAUUGUCUGCCUUGACUGCAUUUCAAAAGAUGCUGUCCAUGUCUCUUCAUAACUUUCUACUCCCAUCUAUGCUACCUAUAGUGUAUGCUUAAUUUAGUGUAAGCACCUGUCCAUGGAUAACUGGCUCCUAAAGUCCUCAUUAAUCAUACUAAAUAUCGUGAAGAGCUGAGGCCCUGGUAUAGACAUCUGGGAAUGCUGCUACUUGUAUCUUGAUAACUGACAUACAGAUCCAUUACCCCUACUUUCUGAGUCCUACCUUCUAACCUGUUUGUAAUCCAAUCCACUGAGGCUUUUUGUGAAGUCCGUGCAUCGUACGGUUAUAUGCAAAGGAAUCCUUUUCGGCAAAUAUAGCUGACUUUUAUCUUGUCUCUUUUGGUACAGCUUUUAAACUCCUUGACACAUGGUUAUCAUAAUUUAAGAUGUGUGGGGUUGGAGUGCAGGUGGGGCAGGGAGAUGCCACUUCCUACCUGACCAUUCCUGUCCACUAUAUCUGGAUGGUUACUUUGGACUGGUUUCUAGCUAUUAUUCCAAACAACCCCUAGCCCUUCCCUCCCCUACCCUCCCAAACUGUAUCCUUAUUUGGACCACACAGUUUACACUGAUUAAGAAGCACAGAGGGGCUGCACUCUGUUACCAAACUUAUUGGACAAGAUAAAGUACAAUGCAUGCUCUCUCAAGUCACUUCACAAUGUAUUUUAGACAGUGCAACAGGUUACAUUUCAUGGGGUGUUCUCUGGAGAUUAUAAAGAUUGGAGUGAUUAUAAAGAUAACAAUCCACUACGCUAUAUAUUUAUAAAAAACAGUGCUGUCACAGUUUUGUUCACAGCGUUAUCCCUCAUUCUCUAGGCCAUUCUUGCUCCAAUCCAAAAUGUAUCACCCUUCAUAACUUUAAAGGGGAGCACUUGCUUGAUUUAUUCCCACCAGGCUUAAUGAUUUCACUGCUGCCUUCUAUACCUUGCAUUUCCAUGUCACUGCCUGCAUUGUGCUCCUUCAUAUCACCACCCCUUAUAUAUGUAGCUUAGUUUUGGAUGUGGUGACGACAUGGAGUUGGGGAGGAGAAGAAUAUUGUUAUAGUUGGAAUAGCUUUUCCCUAGUUAUGAGCCUCUACCCUGAAUGAUUUACACAGCAUCAAUUGUUUGUGAUGUGUGACCCGCCAAUUUCUUGCAGUGUCAAGACAAUUUUUAUUUUGUUAAAAUUCGAACAUCAUUGGUUUACGGACCACAGAGGAGUGAUGUCAAAAUGCUGUUUACAGCAAACAGCAGUGUCUAUGUUAAUAAGUUCUGAAUAUCCUUGAAGCUCAAUAUCAUUAUUCUCCCUAAAUCCUCCACUAUCAAACUCCUGGUGAUCACUAUUGACCAGAAACUCACCUGGACCAGCCACAUCAAUACUAUGGCUAAAGAGCAGGUCAGGGUUUGGGUAUCUUGAGGCAAUUAACUCACCUUGUGGCAACCCGAAGCCUUUGCACAAUCUAUAAGCCACAAGUCAGGACUAUGAUGGAAUACUCUGUACUUGUCUGGAUGAGAGCAGCUCCAACAAGUGCACAUGGAGCUUUACAGCACCAGGGUAAAGCUGCAGGCUGAUGGGCACCCCACCCACCACCCGAAACAUUAAUUUAUUUCACCAACUGUGGCUGCAACACGUACAAUCUACAAAAUACAUUGCAGUUACUUGUUCAGGCUACAUUGACAGCAGCACCUCCCAAACCCAUGAUCUCUACCACAAAGAAGGACCAGGGGUAGCAGGUGAAUGGGAACACUGCCAUCUGCAAGUUCCUUGCUAAGUUGCACAUUAUCCUGAUUUGGAAAUCAAUGGCCCUUCAUUACACUGGGUCUAAAUCCUGUACCUUCAAUACUGUAGGAGCACCUUCUCCCAAAGGACUGCAGAGGUUCAAGAAGGUAGCUCGUCACCACCUUCUCAAGGGCAAUAAAUGCUGGCCUUGCCACGGAAGCCCAAAUCCCAAAAAAAUGAGUAAGAUAAAACCAAACUCCGUUUAAGGAAUUCAAGAAAGCAAUCCUAAAAUGGCUGUUUUUGCAAAUUGAUAGUCUUUGGAUUUUGUUUUUAAUACUUUUGCUUCAGAGCUAUCAAGAACUUAACUCUGCCAUUUCUGAAUUAUAGCCACCAGUUUUCUAAUACUGCACUGAAUUUGAAGUAAUCUGCCAGGAAUUUCCUCAGUUUUUCUGACUGCUUGCUGUAAGAUAUCCUGGAUGCACUACGUAAUGAAAUAUUGAUUGAGGUUAAGGCAGCAAUGAGUAGGAUCUGUUGGAAAUUGUCAUUGGUAAUGGUUUGCAUUUUCAUUAUGAAUCUAUUUGAACAAACAUAACCUGCUGUCAAUUUAGAGAUUGUAGAACUUUAAUGAAUAUAGAAUAUAACAAAACCAUUUGAGCCAUCACAAUUUAUAUCAUAUAUUGGCUGUCACUGUGAUUUAUACUGUUCCUUUUAAGAAUUCUUGA